ACAUUUCGAACCACCAGCUCUUAUCUGCUGGGGCAGCCGAAGCGAGGGUUAGAUGUGACUGUCAUCUUUCAUCUCCAUUGGCCAAUUGGACGUCUCCGUACCAGUGCUCCUGAAAAUAUAUUUCUGCUGGCUGGCCGCUCCAUGUCUCUUACUUUCUACUACACUAGUAUUUUAGUCAAAUUUAUAUUUUGAAAAUUCAACUAAAUUGUCUUCAGAAUGCCUUGAAUUGCUGAGAUCUGCCCUUCAAGAAGUAUACGAUGGAAGACAACAUCAAGGAAGGCUUCAUUUGUCCAAUUUGCCGGAAGGAAUUGGAUAGCUUGGCUGGGCUUCAGGGCCAUUUUGAAAAUGCCCAUUCGAGUGAGGAUAAAGCUGGCCUGAGAGCUGUGAAAGGCUUGUUUGGUCGUGCCAAGCGUAAGCUGUUAGGAGACUUGGCGUCCUCGAACAAUGAGACUGUGGUUGGUGACUCAGAAGAAGUGUCCCGCUUGCGGAGCGGAUCCGAGGCCAGCGGCAUCGAUCCUGUGCUCUGGGAGCCACAGGAGUUUGGAGCAACUCGAGACCAUUUCCAGCGCUUCAAAGGCCUUCGCGAGGACAAUGUGAAGCGCACCGUCAUCGAGACGAAUAAGAAAGUCAUUCGCUUAGAGAAGCUUUACGACGGCCUCAUGAAGAAUCGCGCUGAGUUCAAGUCUGAAAAGAAGAAAAGGAAAGCCUUUGAGCAAACGGUUGUGACUUGGAUGGCCGAUUCGAUGGCAUCGAGGUGCCCUUUCUGUGAGAGCAACUUCAAUGUGAGACGCCGCAAGCACCACUGCCGCCUCUGUGGUCAAAUCAUUUGCGCGGACUGCUCGGAGUUCAUUGCAAUGCCGUUUGCAGAGAGUUUAACGAAGGCUGCCAAGGGCGAGAGCCAGAGGGCACCGAUGGGCGAGGAGAUGGAGACCGAUCCCAACACCGAUAUCCGAACCUGCUUUGCUUGCUUCGGCCUACUGCUAAGGAGAUCUCAGCGUCUCCAGGACAAGUACAAACGGUCACCUCUCGUUCAGCUUUACGAGAAAAUGACAUCGUCCAUGGAGGAGGCGUCCUCGUUGCAGCCCAGGUACCUGGUGAUGGCGGAUUCUCUAAAUGCGGGCGAGCAGACCCAUUCGUUGGCAGUAGCUCAGGAAACGCGUCACCGCCUCAUCAAGAUGUUUGAAAUUGUCGAUGCAGCCAGCAAGCGAAUCUUUGCAAUGGUUCAGCCACCGCCUCAGCAGCAACAGCAGCAGCAACAGAAAGGAAAGGGAAAGAACGUCGAGAAGCAACAGGACCAGCGGCCCACUGCUACUCCACGCCAGAUGCAUGUACACAAGCAAAUUCGCCAGUUUGCCAGUGCGUUUCUGCAGGAACACAUGGUGACGUUGCCCGGCCUGCCAGAUGCUGAUAAGCUGAAGCGCUUGCAGGCUGAGCGGUCUCGCGCCGCCGAGGAGAAGGCUCGGCGAGAUCGCGAGGCCGCUGAGCGUGCCAUGGAGAUGAGAGAGAUGGAGAAGAUUGCGUCGGAGCUACAGACCAUGUCAACGUCGACCGAUGGUACACCAUCAUCUUCUUCGCAAGUGCCUUCGAAGGAAUCGAAGCCCAACUCGCCAUCUGGCUGGCAGCCAAAGGUUACUCCGAUCGUGUCUGGUGCCGACCCCGACCAGGAUCCGUUGCUUCUGCAGCGCGAUCUCUUGCGCGGCUACAUUGAACAGGCGCGCAAAGCCAAGCGCUUUGACGAAGUGGAGACCCUGCAGAGCUCCCUGCGCGACAUUGAAAUGGAGAUAUCCCGAAGCCAGCGGUAGUGACACAUGCUGACAGUCGUUCAGUACCUGCUGUAGUGAUCCUUGUGUGUAUGCUGCUGUGUAUUGGUUGAUGGGCCGAAUUGGCAGCUUGCUGUCCUCGCCGUUGUUCCAUCUGGAAUGGUUUCAACUUAGACUGAUCAAGCGUCUUCUGCCAUGGUCGAGACGAGCAUGUUCCGUUAUAUCAAGAGACCAUUGUUUUUCUCUUGUUUGUAUGUAGCUGUGUUGACAGCACGGCUCCGGUGCACCUCACACUGUGUUGUAGGGCAUGCCGAUCCGUGUACGGUAGCAGUGAACUACUGGCACGUCCGAUGUGCGCGCGCAGGAGAAGUAGCAAGUAUAUACUCCAUGUUUAGCUGUACGUAUACUGUAUCAUAAAAUUAGUUUCCUUAGGUGCUGGUAGAACAGUCUGCCUGAUAAAAGAGUUUCUGGAGCGUAUAGAUUCCUGCCCUCGGUCGGCCCUGCCGCUUUUCUGUAUUUAUUCUAUGGGUAUUUUACUCCGCUUCCCUGGUGGGCCUCUCUAUUUUUACCGUGUUUCGAGAUAAAGGAUACUUGAUUCGUUAUCAAUUCAACACAUCUGAUUUUCAAUUUUAGGGUGCUUGAUUUUUUUAAUCCUAGUGUAAUGAAUUUGGCCUGUUUUCUUUCGCAACAGAUGAACCGAUUCUGCCGCGGUGUGCUCUUUUCUAUAUUUUAUGUAUUUGUGAGGCCAAGCUUGUCGCUGCAGUACUUCAUGUUUCUGGUGGAGAAAUUAUGGAGAAAAAGAAGAAGAAAGACCGAGAUAACAAGA